GUGGAUCCUGUCUCGUAGGGGAUCCUCUUCAUGGGGUGUGAUUCAGUUCUGCCCUAAUCGGGCGGAGGAAGAAGAGGGGGAAGAAGCGACGAGUGACCGAAGUACGGUGUGAGGUAGCGGAAGAGUCGGAACAGUCAUGGGAGCCCCGAAGCAGAAAUGGACCUCGGAGGAGGAGGAGGCGCUGCGUGCCGGCGUGGACAAGCAUGGCGCCGGGAAAUGGAGGACCAUCCAAAAGGAUCCCGAGUUCAGCCGCUGCCUAUCCACCCGAUCAAACAUCGACCUCAAGGACAAAUGGAGGAAUAUGAGCAUUAGUGCCAGUGGCCAAGGUUCUAGAGAAAAGAUGAGAACACCAAGGCCAAAGCCUCUUUCAGCCAUUCCAGAAUCCGACUCCCCAAGCGCUGCUCCCACUCCCCUCCCACAUAAAGAUGCAUCACCUACAACUCCGGAUGCUACAAAAAGUGCACAAGAUGGAAAAAAUCCUCCCCGAUACACUGCUUUAAUAAUUGAGGCAAUUACUUCAAUGCAAGAACCAAAUGGAGUAGAAAUUGGUGCUAUCUUCAGUUUUAUAGAGCAAAGACAAGAGGUGCCACAAAACUUCCGCAGGGUGCUUAGUUCCAAGUUAAGAAGGCUUGUUGCACAGAAUAAAAUAGAAAGGGUCCAAAAGGGUUACAGGCUGAAAGAUUCAUCAUUUGCAACAAAAACCCCUAUUCCCAAACCAAAAGACCCAGUAAAUCGAACUCGGGUACCUCAGAAUACCAGUUCAGCAAAAGCCAUGGACCCUAUAGAAGAGGCUGCGAUAACUGCUGCUUACAAAAUAGCAGAUUCCGAAGCCAAAUCAUUUUUAGCCUCCGAAGCUGUCAAGGAGGCCGAGAAGAUUGCACAGAUGGCUGAAGAAACUGAUUCCCUUUUGCUACUGGCAAAAGAGAUUUUUGAGAGAUGUUCAAGAGGUGAGAUUGUCACUGUUGCGUAAGCUUCGAGUGAGAAUAGAAGGUAUCGGUAUCAUCCAAUUCACCAGGGUUCAUUGGCUAUUGAACUGCUUUGUUGUAAUGCUAGCUUGAAAGGUGAGAGCCAUUGGCAGAUGUUUUAACUUGUAAUUAACAAAUGAACAUGAACACCGGACUGAUGUACAUAAACCAACUUAUUGGCGAAACUAGAACUUGAGCA